AUGUACAGCACAGAUUUACGCAAACAAGACAGACCAAGAUUUAUCAGCACCCGCAUGAAGUUAGUGAAGAGAGAGGAAAUGGAGAAGAAAAGCAGUUUGAACAACAACGCUUGCGAUAUCAUAAAUCAUAAUAAACUGGAAAAAAACUUAUUUUAUUCAGCAGCCGUAACAAAUCACAAAGAAAAUCAUGUCAGAGUGUUGAAACGAUGA